AUGAGUAACGUGAAUUGCAGAAAAUUUGAGAUUACUCUUGUUUCUGCAAAGGAUCUGAAGGACGUUCGAACUUGUGGCAGAAUGAAAGUAUAUGCAGAGGUAUCAAUCGGAGGUGAACCAAAUACGGCUAAGAGAACUCCAGCCGACGUGAAAGGUAAGACAAAUCCCAACUGGGAUUUCAAAAUUGAGUAUACAUUAGGUGAAAAAGCAAUGAAGGAAGGCGAUGUAGAUCUUACUAUUAAAUUAUACUGUGAAAGAAGAUUGUGGAGUGAUAUUUAUGUGGGAGAAGUUAACUUGUCACUCAAGGAACUGUUUAAAAAGAGGAAAAGUUCUGAUACUAGUAUCAAGGUUAAAAGAAAUGGUUCUGUGGAUACAAAAGGAACCCUAAAUAUUUCUUAUAAUUUUGGGAAAAGAAUUGGUGUUCCUAGACCUUCUAAAUGGAAGAGAGCUUUGGUAGCUGGGGCAAAGAUAUUUUGUAGAGUAACCCUUUUCUUAUUUCUUGGAGGUGAUGUAGAAAUUCCAAUUUUCUUUUAG